UGUUAGCUUUCACUGUUAUGAUGAUGACAUCAUACAUUAGUGCCUGUGGUCAAGGCUCAUAUCGUUCAGUUUCGCUCCCACACCAACGGCACAACAUCAUUUUUACUUCAUAAAAUAGAUUUACUGGUAGUAAGUAAGAUACCAAAAGUUCGGAAAUUGACACCUAGCCCAUUUUGUGUAAUCGGUGUUGAAAGCCGGUACUAUUUUUCAGUGAGGCGCAGUGAUAUCUAGUGGGGAGUGGCGCGGUUUUGGUCACAUGGACCAAUCAGGUAGCAGCUUUAUUCUAACAACAUACCUGCUAUGGCGACGACAACAUCCGAGAGUGAAGAGGAACGAAAGACCUCAAAAGUUAGAAAAAAAGUGCGUAAAGAGGAAAAUAAAAGAUGCUAUAUGCAUCUUUCAUCUGUGAACAAUGAGGACGUCCAGCACUUCACUCGGACACGGUGGGACACAUACAGAAACUAUUUAAAACAGUGGCUUUGUCUGCAAGACCAGAACAAGCAUCUGGCAGAAAUCUAUAAACAUUGCUCGGAUGUAGAUUUUGACGCUAUUCCUGACGACGCUGGGUUUCACGCAACAUGCUACCGACGUUUUACAGAUAAAUCUGCAUUGUUUUAUGCCGAGAAAAGGACCGCACGGGCGGUGGGAGAACCAUCUGCAGCCGCAGGUCAGUCAGCAGGCACGUCUGAAACUCCCCGAAAGAAACUUCGAUCUCGUUCAGGUUUGCCCGUUGCUUCUGCCGGCCCCGUCCUGCCAGCCAUCUGUAUAAUUUGUCAAAAAGUGGAAAAGUACACUCGUGUGGGAGGAAAACGCCAGAGGGAUCAACUCACACAAGCAGAAACCGUGUCGGCAGGCCAGUUGCUGAAGGCAGCUGAGAUUAAGAAAGAUGCUGCCAUUCUUCUGCACAUCAACGACAAAGACUGUGUUGCUAUAGAGGUCCGGUACCAUAGGACCUGUUACAGACAGUACACCAGGUUCUUGUCACUGUCUACAGCAACGCACACUGCAACCAGAGAUGAAGAAAUACAACCCUUUGCUGACAGCUACAACCUCUUCUGUGACCAAGUGAUCCGUCAAAGGAUUAUAAUUGACAAAGAGGUGCUGAGAAUGGACAAGCUAAGGAAGUUGUUCGUGGACAGCGUUAAGAAGCACGAAGAUCUUGAUGCUUCAGGCUACAGCUUUGCCAGAACUGUCCAUUCCCCCAACAAGUGAUGCCCUCCACCAACACUGCAAAAGGGCAAACUACCAAGCAGCAGUAAUGCGACAUUCCCUGACUGGUAUGAUGUGUGCCCCUUCACCCAUUGGCAAUGGAUGGUACAUUGAGGAUGGGGAGUUAACAGUAAGAUGGAUGACUAGAAAUCCUGCCCCAGAUAGUGUGCUGCAGGUAGUCCACUGUGGUUGCAAGACAAGCAAAUGUGAAACAGAAAGAUGUUCAUGUAUGUCUGCAAAAAUGUCUUGUACUGAUUUAUGUCACUGCCAGAACUGUGGAAAUGUUUCAAAGGAAACAGAAGAAAGAGGUGCAUGGGAUGAUGACACAGAUGAAAGUGAUAUUGAUGAGUAAUUACGCACCAUGUCACCAUGUAAAAUUUGCCACUUUUGUUUCUUUAUCAAGAUGUUUGAUUAUCGAGAUGCCACACUGCCAUUUUAACGGUAAAGCUUAAAUAAUGUCUGUAUUACCUUUUUUUUCAAAUUUGUUUUGGUCUUUUGUGUGUGUUUGUGUGUGUGUGUG